CCCACUCCACCCCAUUCAUUCCAGGUAUCCUCGCCAUUUCUCUCAAUUUCCUCCCUGAUUUCUCCCUCCCCGAGAAAAGAGCAAAGAGAAAGAGAAACCCAAUUCCUCCCCAGAGAAGGAGAAAUGAAGGGAAGCGCUGCAGCCAAUACAAAACUAAUCCUCCUCCACCCUUCCGUCCAUAAGCCCUCCUCCUCCUACCGUUUCUUCUUCCUCUUCUUCCUCACCUUUUUCACCUUAGCAUUUGUUAUGACCCUUUUCAACACUUCCUCCACCAUCCCCUCCGCCACCGCUCCGUUCCCCACCGGAAACUACCCCCUGCCGUCCUCCAUCACCACCGCUCUCCUCCACUAUGCCGCCUCUUCCAACACCACACAGCACCACAUGACUCCUUCUGAACUUUCUGUCAUUUCCUCUGCUCUUAACCGCUGCCCAUCCCCCUGCCAUUUCCUCAUUUUCGGCCUCACACAUGAGUCCCUCCUCUGGCACUCUCUCAACCUUGGUGGCCUCACCAUUUUUCUCCACGAGAGCGAGUACUUGGUCUCCAGUUUCGAGCGCGCCCACCCCGAAAUCGAAGCCUACGACGUUCAGUACACUACCAAAGUCAGCCAAAUGUCCGAUUUGAUUUCCGUCGCUAAGACCCAUAUCGACGGGGACUGCCGACCGGUGCAAAACCUCCUAUUCUCCGAUUGCAAGAUCGCCAUCAACGACAUGCCCAACCACAUCUAUAAUUUGAAUUGGGAUUUGAUUUUAAUAGACGGACCUCGCGGAUACUUACCGGACGCGCCUGGGAGGAUGGCACCCAUAUUUACUGCGGCGGUGCUGGCGAGGAGCAAGAAGAAAGCCGGGAAGACACACGUGUUCGUGCACGAUUUUAAUAGGGAAGUGGAGAGGAUUUGCGGUGAAGAGUUUUUGUGCGAAGAAAAUUUGGUGGAGACGGUGGAUUCACUGGGACAUUUUGUGGUGGAGACCGGCGGGGUGGAAGGUGAUGGCGGCGGGGUUAGGUUCUGUCGGAAUUCUACUUCAUUUUCUCCAUUAUUAUCAUCGGAAAUAGAUGACUAUUGAGAGGAGAUAGAGAUGGAGAUGGGAAUUGUGAUUAUAAUUGUAACAUGAUUACAUGUUUUUUUGUUUUGUACUUCUUCGGUAUGAAAGCUUACUGUAAUAUUUACAUAAUUAAGGUUAAAAACCUAAAAUUUAGAACUCCGUCAUGGAAGCAACAACAUCAGGGGAUUAUUGUUGCUCUCCCUUCAGUAGAAUCAAGCUAUAAGCAUCUA